CCCCCCCUCGGGCGGGAGAAGCCCGUGUUUGGUUCUCAGAGUGAGUCCUUUGGGAAGAGUCACAAAGCGUAUUCCUCCAGAGAGAGAGAGAGAGAAGGAGCGCAGUGUCGGGAGUCAGCCGCAGGAAGCAGCGCUGCUCGGGACCUCCGCUAAAGUCCCGCUCCACUGGGCCGAGAGACGCGAAGAGAAAGCAAAGAGCGAAAAGGGGAAGAAAGACGCGUCAGAUGAUGAUGACAUGUGAUCUAGGUGCGAGGUGAUCUCUAUUUUCCUCCGUGACAGCUCCAACUGUGGAUCUCCGAGCGCACCAGGAGUGACUUUUACGCACCUUCCCACACUGGCUCAGUCCGCGUCCUGGCGUCCGUGGCGAUUUAAAUUCGUGGUUCAAGUCAUUGACAUUUUGGAUCCUACUCUUCAGAUGUGAUUUCCCAUCAGAUUUAGCGCCCACUUCCACCUCAGGACUAGAAUUAAAGGAAUACAGAGUUUAUUGCCUGAUUUCCAGCGAAGCGCACGCAGCAGCAGCAGCAGCGGCGAAGAGCGCACCCACGUUUCUUCACUUGAAUCAGGGUGAGAGAUCAGGAGUGCACGGUGACGCGGGGAGAGACCGUAAGAACAGAGGUUUAGAGGCAGCAGAUCUUCGGAGGUUUGUUAAUGUUCGGGAUCCAGGAGAGCAUCCAGAGAAGCGGCAGCAGCCUGAAGGAGGAGCCGCUGGGAGGCAUGAACGCGGUCCGGGGCUGGAUGCAGGGGGGCGGCGUGCUGGACGCCAACACGGCCGCCCAAAGUGGAGUGGGUCUGGCCCGGGCUCACUUCGAGAAGCAGCCGCCCUCCAACCUGCGGAAGUCCAACUUCUUCCACUUCGUCCUGGCUCUGUACGACCGCCAGGGUCAGCCGGUGGAGAUCGAGAGGACCAACUUCGUGGACUUCAUCGAGAAGGAGAAGGAGACGACCGGAGAGAAGACCAAUAACGGGAUUCAUUACCGGCUGCAGCUUCUUUACAGUAACGGCAUCAGAACGGAACAGGACUUUUAUGUUCGACUCAUUGACUCCAUGACUAAACAGGCGAUUAUUUAUGAAGGCCAAGACAAAAACCCAGAGAUGUGCAGAGUGCUGCUGACACAUGAGAUCAUGUGCAGUCGGUGCUGUGACAAGAAGAGCUGUGGAAACCGUAAUGAGACACCCUCAGACCCCGUUAUCAUCGACAGAUUCUUCCUCAAGUUUUUCCUGAAGUGCAACCAGAACUGUUUAAAGAACGCGGGGAACCCACGGGACAUGAGGAGGUUCCAGGUGGUGGUAUCGACCACGGUGAGCGUGGAGGGACAUGUCCUGUCCGUGUCCGACAACAUGUUUGUGCACAAUAACUCCAAACAUGGCCGACGGGCCCGCAGACUCGACCCCGUGGAAGGAACGCAGUCUUACCUAGACCACGGAACAGCUCCUUGCAUUAAAGCUAUCAGCCCCAGUGAGGGUUGGACCACGGGGGGCGCUACAGUCAUCAUCAUCGGAGACAACUUCUUUGAUGGUCUCCAAGUCAUUUUCGGUACCAUGCUGGUUUGGAGCGAGUUGAUCACGCCGCACGCCAUCCGGGUGCAGACGCCUCCCAGACACAUUCCCGGGGUCGUCGAGGUCACUCUGUCUUACAAAUCUAAACAGUUCUGCAAGGGCACACCAGGAAGGUUCAUUUAUACAGCACUGAAUGAACCAACCAUCGACUACGGUUUCCAGAGGCUUCAGAAAGUCAUCCCGCGACACCCCGGGGACCCAGAGAGGCUGCCGAAGGAGGUUAUUCUGAAGAGAGCAGCCGACCUGGUGGAAGCCCUCUAUGGUUUGCCCCAUAACAACCAGGAGAUCAUCCUGAAGCGUGCGGCGGACAUCGCAGAGGCUCUCUACAGCGUUCCCCGAGGACACUCCCAGCUCUCCGGCUCCUCCCACAGCGGCAUGAUGGGGGUCAACUCUUUUGCAGGGCAGCUGUCCGUCAACGUCUCCGAACCUCAACAGGCCAAUCAGGGUUUCGUGCGCAGCAGCAGUAGUGUGUCCCCUCACGGUUAUGUGCCUAGCUCCACGCCCCAGCAGACCAGUUACACCUCAGUCACCAGCACCAUGAACGGCUACGCUAACAACACAGGCAUGACAAACCUGGGAGGCUCGCCCACUUUCCUCAACGGCUCUGCAGCCAACUCGCCUUAUGCUAUUGUCCCAUCCAGUCCCACCAUGGCCUCCUCCACCGGCCUCCCCUCCAACUGCUCUUCCUCUUCUGGCGUCUUCUCCUUCUCUCCGGCCAACAUGGUGUCGGCGGCCGUUAAGCAGAAGUCGGCCUUUGCUCCGGUGGUCAGGCCCUCCUCCUCCCCUCCGCCCUCAUGCACCAGCGCCAACGGCAAUGGGCUCCAAGAUCAGACAUUUGUGGACUCUAGCAAGUACUCAACAGCCAGCUCUCUACAAGGCCUGGCCUUCACCUGAACAAUCCCUGGAAUGAUUGUCCCACCCAUGUAAAAGGUGUGAGUGCAUGACUGUGUGUGCGUGCGUGCGUGCGUGCGUGCGUGCGUGCGUGCGUGCGUGCGUGCGUGCGUGCGUGCGUGCGUGUGUGUGUGUGUGUGUGUGUGUGUGUGUGUGUGUGUGUGUGUGAGAUGAACCAAGCACACUCACACCGAUCCUGGCGGAGGAUUUCGGUGGGAGUCGGACUCCGGUCGGGGGAUGGAAGCAGCCCUCCCUAUCUGAAGGAACAAACCCAACUCAGGCCCUUUCUAACACGGAAAAAAACAAACAACUGCAAGGAAACAAAUGUUUGCGAGGAAAUAAGUUGUUUAGACUUUGUACACCUUGAUGCUUUUAUAGGAGAAUGGCCACGCCUACAUCAUGACUCUCCAUGGACACUGGAAGUGUAUUUAUUUUGGAGAGAAUCCACUUCCUCCCUUGAGUGAUUGUUGAUUUGUUUUAAUUUUUGUGCAGUUAACGUGUGAUAAUCAUCUUCUAACUGUAUAACCUACAUGAGGGAUUUUCUAUUUAUGAAGUUUGGUCGUUAAUGAAGGAUUAUAAUGUGAAGAAUACCUAACGAUGAUGAUGGUGUUGAUGAUGAGUACAAAACCGUGAUGAUGAUGAUGAUGAUGAUGAUGAUGAUGAUGAUGAUGAUGAUGAUGAUGAAGAGGCUGCAGGGAUUCAUACAGGGUCAAAUCUAGCCGACGCAGACAAGCCAAACCAGACACGCACACACUUUGACUCCUCUUUGCCAAAUCCACACACAAUCUUUCAUCUACAUUCAAUCAUUCAGCUUGAUGGAUUCAGAUGCUUCCUGUCUGCGACUGAUGCUGAUGAUGCUCCUGUGUGCUCAUUUUGUAGAAAAAGUGCAAGUCUGCCUUUCAGCGAACACUCUGCCGAGAGAAAGAGAAUUCAGUCACUCAUCAAACCAAGAAGAAUUUUGUUUUGAACCAUGCUAGUUUCAAGAUUCAAGAGAGAGAGAUAGACUAGAAUGGCACUCAGUGGAGCACAUACCUCCACCAAAUGAAAACCACACUUAAUUUCGCUGGAUACUGAUUUGUAUUUGGAUCCGCACCAAACUGCGCACACAUAAAUAUCAGUACCCUAAACAUGCCAGAUUUUCCGAUCACGCCUGAUCUUUGUAGAAAUCCAUCCAGAAGUUUUUGCAUAAUCUUGCUUACAACACAACAACCAACAAAUGGACCUGCAGGGGUGAAAACACAACCUCCUUGGUGAUAGAGUUAGUUGGAAAAAGGCCAUAAAUUAAUGACGCUCCAACCUAACACAGAGGUGUGUGAUGAAUUCAUGCCAACUUCAGUUUCACUGUCGAGGAUUUGAACCAACAACUCUGCCAAUGAGUCUGUCCAUCGCUCCUGUGACCAUUUGAUUUGUUUUUAAGUUGGACGCAGCCAUGGUGACCUCUAAGGGACAUGUCUUAAAGACUGCUGCCAUUUUGACUUAGGUUUUGCUGUGAGAUUUGAUUUCUUAUGUAUCUCAUGUUUUUGUCUUAACUCCCUCUUUUGGUUUGCUGUGACUUACAUUUUUUUGUUUUUUGUUUUUUUGUUGUGUGAUUAGACAGCCAAUCAGAUUUGAUUGUGUUACCUGCCCACUGAUCUAGUGAGAACUAGCCAAUGGUGUGUCUUAAAUUCUGCGCUGCAAGAAUUGUCGAGUCGUUAAAUCUUCCACUGAGUCAAAAAAAAAUACUUUCUUUAACUGAGGUACAAUGGCUUCAAAUCUGCCCCACUUAACUUUGCAUUUAAAGGAGACAUAGUUUGCCUUUUUUAGUUUUUCUUUCCUCUAGUGUGUUAUAUAGAUUUUUUUUGCUUAUGUAAAAGGUGAAAAAGUUAAAAAGCCAAAAGUUCACCGUAGUCUGCGCCCUCAGCAGUAAACGAAACUGAAACACCUCGUCAAUAGUCGGCAUAAUCCACACCUAGCGGUUGGUCUGACACCACCCCCUCACAAGUGAAGCGAGAGCAGAGGCCGACAUUUUCUACAAGUGAUUGGCCAAUCACAACAGAUUGGGCCAACUGUUACCACCCGGCUCAAGGGAAGCAACAUAGAGAAGUCAAACAACAACUAAGUUAUGCAAAAACGAGUUUAUUGUAUUUUAAAGUUAACAAGUAAAGAGUGGUGGCUGAUAGCAAUGCUGCUGAUCCUGGCUGCACAGAGAGAGAGGGGGAGCCGGAAGCUUCUCAGGCUUUUUAAAGGCAGGUGCCAGGUAAGGAGGGCAGACUGGGGAAGGAGGAGCUCCAGGUUGACUGGAAAACAUGACAGAACAAGUUUUGGGACAUUACACCAACUGACCAAUCAGGGCAGAGUGAGCUUUAUUGGGAGGGGGUCUUAAAGACACAGGAGCUAAAACCAAGUAUCUGAGACAGGCUGAACAGAGGAGCUGCAGCAACUGUCAGUACGAGGAAAGUAAUUCGUUUUCUAAACAUUGUUACUAAGUAAUUCAAUUUAUUAACCUCAAUAAAAGCAUAAUAUGUCUCCUUUAAACCAUAAUUACAUCCCACUUUUGCACAUAUUUUCUUAAGAAGUAAAGACUCCAUGUCCACAUGGGACAGUUUUUGCAGCGCAGGACCGAGCAACAUGUCUUAAAUUAGCAGUGUGUGGAAAGUCCCUGAUGGUUUGUUGUGAACGUCACUGCUCCCUCAGCCCUGCAGUCUGAGCUUGCACCUCACUGUGUGUGAUUCUAUAGUCUUAACGCUUUUAAUUUGUGUUCUCUUCAUUUUGCCAAAGCCCUUAUUCUGAGAUGUUGAUGCUCAAACAGUCUUAUGCCACAGUUUCCCUGCUGUUCUACACGUGUUUUCUUGUCACAAGCAGUAUAAGCCAAUAAUGUUAUUUUAUGUACAACUGUCUGUUUAAGAGCGUCAGGUUUCAGAUUUGCCACAACGAGAAACCAUUUAAAAGGGAAUUUUACUGGACAGAAAACCUAACUAGACCCAAACUAAAAUUUCUGAUUUAAGCUAAAUGAGUGAAAAACACCCUCUCAGCCAGAAGUCAGUAGCCUCAGACCGACUGGCGGCAGUAUUCAAGAACUUGGUUGAAAGAACAGGAACAUUAUCAACUAUGACAAAUGCCAGAAAUCAACUAAAACCCCGAAAACUCACAUCCUUCAUUAUGUUCUCAUGUUCUGAUUUGUUGUUUUUUUAAUGUCAGAGGACCUGAAUGUUAUUUGAUUUUAUAUAACAUCGUCUGUUUAUUAAAAGCCAAACUUCCACUGCUCAUUUCAAUCAAACUAAAAGAAGCCAUGGUGUAUUUUUUUUUUUUUUAAAUCAUUUCUAAGUUAUGGAAGUUUCAUUUUGUAUCAUCAAUGUUAAAGUCUGCAUAUUUCUGUUGCAUUAUCUCGACGUAGCAUUUACAAAUUUGUCAAUAUGAUUGUCUGUGUUUGUCUUUCAUGGAAUGAUGAAGAAAGAAAGAGAUGGAUGGAACAAAUGUCUCUUUCUCGCUCCCUUCUCCUGCUCCAGUCAGGUUUUCUGUCCUCUCUCUGCUCCCGUCCUCUCUUCAUUUCCCUCCCCCACCUUGUUUUGAUUGCGCUAUUAAUACUCUGUAUGUUUGCCUUCUGCUUUUUCUUUUCCUUCACUUUUCCUUUAAAAAAAAUGAGCCACCUAUUUAUUUUAUCUCAAACAUGGGUCUGGAGACCACUCUUCUGUUGGUGAGCGUGUGUGAGCGUGUGUGAGUGUCAUCAUUUUUCCCUUAAAAAGAAAAAUGUGAUGUUUUAAUUAAAGUUGAAGGAUGUUUUUUUUGUUUUUUUUGUGUUUGUAUAUUACAUAGUUUAAAUACCUGUACAGGAAGAAGUGAAUAGAGGGUUUGGCUUAAUGAAGUAUGAUGAAGCACUUGUCAAACAACAGUGAACACAUUCAUCGCGGCUUGUCUGGAUUCAGUGGCGGUCAUCAUUCACACACACGUUAUCAGCAGUAUCGGUGUGGAAGUACAGAGGAAACUACUGUAAAGAUGAUAAUGUUGAUUUUUUAUUAUUAUUUUGAACUUUGAAGUGUAAAGUAACUUUUUGACUCGUCACUAUAUUUAAUUAAAGUUCUUUCUUCUCUGUGAAAA